AUGACAAAAUCUGACCUCCAUACUCCACAAGAAAUACAAGAAUUUAAAUCAUCAGCUGAAGCUGAGUUCCAGGAAUAUAAUGGAAAGGGAGUUUUCGUUACAUCUGCUCUGGCCAAAGAAGGAGUCAACGAACUCUUCCAAGCAGCUGCAGAAAUGUAUAAAUCCCGCAAUGCUACAUCUCAAUCUACACCUAGACAGCUCGAAAAGAAGAAAGAAAAGGGAUCUUGUUGUUAA